UAGCGCAAUGAGGAGUAGUAGUGUAAGGAGAGGAGUAGCAGCGUUCGGCGAUUAGCAUCAAUGGAGCAGCGAGGAGGAGGAGCAGCAGCGCGAGGAGAGGGUUGCCUUCCGUUAUAGAGGUGCAAACUAAGACGGGUAUGCUGAUCAAUUACCACACCGCAUGACGAGCGAAGCAGAAGGUGUUGAAGAUGCUGUUUGGAAGUUUCGAAGAGUCUUACAACUAUGCUCCGAGGCUGCUGCAGAAGAUUGCCAUGACAUAUCCAAGGACUCAGUGGGCCAUGGAGGAUGAGCCGAUCAAGCUGGAGGAUGGGUCAUACAGCAACAUUGACCGAUACCUUAUUAGGUUUUUCUGGUCCUUUGCACAAUGCAUCGAAGUUUUCAGACAUUGCAAGCUAGUUGUAUGUGUGGAUGCCACAUUUCAUAGCGGCAAGUACCAUGGUAACCUUAUGACAAUGAUGGUGGUGGAGGCAGACAAUCAGAUCAUUCCUCUCGCAUUUGCAAUGGUUGAGAGUGAGAAAAAUGAUAGAUGGCUUUGGUUCCUCACCUUGGUGAGGACACGUGUCACUAGCAAUAGGGGGCGAGUUUACAUCAUCUCAGAUCAUAACAAGGGCCUUUUGUAUGCGUUAGACGUGCUGCAUGACAGCACAAACUACUUCAUUGCAUGGCAUGAUGUGGAGAGAAGGUGGUGCAUGCGACACUUGGGCGCAAACCUGUACACAAGGUACCACAACAAGGGUCUUGUAAAGAGGUUCAAAGGGUUGUGUCUUCAGAACCAGCACGCGAAGUUCAACGAGAUAUGGAGAGAGUUAAAUGAGACCACUCGCAAGAUGAUGACAGAGCAAGAAGCACAAGAGGACCAUCUGUGGAUGUAAAUAGUGAGGGGCAAAACUAUCAUUAGCCGUUCAUGUGCUACCAUUCAAAUCAUGGUAACAAUAGUUACAACUCAAGCAUUGGCAAGCGUAACUAGAGUAAAUAGAAUUACAACACCCUCACGCUAUGGUAAAAGUAUUUACGGCCUAUAGCAAUCUAUAGGAUUUGCACCAUGGUAUUGUUCUAAUACCAGCUAGGUCUUACAUAUUAGAAUUUUAGAAGAUGAUGCUUAU